UCCAAACUAGAAUGACAGAUAAUUAUGGUUCCAAGUUGGAAGGAAAUAUAGAUAUUCCUGAAGUUGACCAAAAUUUCAAAGGAUCAUUUUUAUCUUCUGCUUUACAGUCAAGAAUGUCUAUAUCACUGUCUAAUGUAAAUGCCAGAGAAUGGUUCACCAAGACCAGAGAGGGUGUCAAACCAUGGGCUGAGUUCUUCAACUUCAACAAGUUUAAAGUUCCCAAGUCAGUAGCACCUGUUCCUAAGCGGGUGGUACGAAACAUUGAACAAUUCCAGAGUAACUACAUGUUUGUCUUUGGUGGUCUUAUUGUUUUCUGCAUUUUGACGUCCCCCUUACUGUUGGUGGCAAUAGCAGUCUGUCUUGGAGCUUGCUACAUCAUAAGUCUGAAAAACCAGGAGAGAAAAGUCAGAAUAUUAGGGAAAGAAUUAAGUUUGGUCCAGCAGUAUGCUGCUGUUGGAUUGUGUUCUUUUCCUAUUUUCUGGUUGGCUGGGGCAGGAUCAGCUGUUUUCUGGGUCAUAGGUGCCUCCUUCUUUAUUAUCAUGCUCCAUGCUUCAAUGUACAUAACAGCAGAGGAGGCAGAAGUGAUAGAGCUGGAAAUGGAAGAAGUCUAGAAAUUCUUCAGGCUCUACUUCUUAUACUGUGGCAAUAUCAUAUUUGUCUCUACAGAGGGCAAGGGAACUCAUCAUUUUCUGUUUAGUGAAAUUCAUUGUAUUUGUGACCAUCAGAUGGGGUAUUAUUUUACAAUAUUACAAUAUUAUGGAUGUAUAACUUGUUAUACAAUCAUUUUGAUAUGAUGACAAUCUAUGUCCAUACAUGUAACAUGUCAAAAUUUUUACUUGCAUUUAACUGUUAUCACAUAACCUAGCUUUUCCUAUGCCAUUCCAAGUCUCUCCCAUACAGAGAUUUAAAGAAAAAAACACAUUUAUUCCAUGAAGAUUCUUAUUUCUGAAUAUAUAUGUGAACAAAUAUUUUCAAUGAAACUUUUACUUUAUACAUGUAUAUUUUUAGAUGGAAUUUGAAAUGUUGCUUGUUGAACUUCAGUAGAUCAGAAAAUAGGUGUUUUAACAAAUGUGUAUUGAGAAAUCAAUACACAUACAUGUACUAGUGAUGUGUCUCCAUGCAAUCAUUUAUUUUACUUAAAAUUUUAUGCUCACUUUUAAAACAAAAAUCAAGAUCUACUGUGAAAUCACUAAUUUUCAUUGGGGUUCAAUUUUCCUUGUUUUUGUGGUAUGACGAGACCCAGGAAGUACUAUGUCCUCCAUGAAAUGUAAAGUUUGAAAUAUAUAACAACUUGACACUUCAACACCCACAAAAUCAUCCCCACAAACCAAUAAUUUUUCCUCGAAUACGAUCUCACAAAAAUAUGUGAUUGGGAUUGUUAAGUGUAAAUUAAAUCCCCCCCCCCCCCCUCCAGAAAAAAGAUAAUCUUAAGUUUGAGUGUAAAGCAAAGUUAUUUAGGCUGUAAUAGACAUACAUGUAAUUUUAUUUAGAGAUAAUAUAAUUUUCUUUUCUAAACUGUCAUUUGUCAACUGUUUUUUUUUUUUGUUUUUUCCCAGCUGUGGAUAAUUACAUUUAUAUGAAAUGUAAGAUUUUGCCUUAUCAAUUUUUGAAAAACAUUUAAUUUAUUUUGAUGUCGUAUCUUUUAGAUGUACAUGAUAUAUGUAUAUGAAUCUCAUUUAUUGUUUUAAUCAUAUGAAGAAUUUUGUUAUCAUGUAGAUAUAGGGACUUACAUGUAAAAGUGAUAUAAAAGCAUGUAGUCUUAAAAAAGAUGAAAAUACUUGUGAUACAAUGUUAAUUAGUUAUAAGUGAUAAAAUCAUUUUUUUUAUUAGCAAUGCAUGCCUGAGCUGAAAGUUCAAGUGAGCUUUUCUGAUCAAAUUUUGUCCAGCUUCUUUCUGUCCAUCCUUUUGUCCAUCUGUCUGUCUGAAAACUUUUCACAUUUUUGAUUUCUUCAAGAACUACUGUGCCAAUUUCAUCCAAACUUUUCACAAAAGACCCUUGGGUGAAGGGAAUUCAAGUUUAUUCAAAUGAGGGCCACAUCCUCUUUCAAAGGGAGAUAUUUAAGAAUAAGUGAAAAUUUAGUGACAUCUUUCGAAAUCUUCUCCUCAGUAACAGCAAAGACAUGAUUAGUCAUACUGACACGGAAGCAUCUCAGGUAGUGUAGAUCAAGUUUGUUCAAAUCAUGACCCUGGGGAAAAGGUGGGGCCACAGUGGUUGAUCACAGUUUUACAUAGGAAUAUAUAGGAAAAAAUCUUUUAAAACCUUCUCAAGAACCAAUGGGCCAGAAGAGUUGAAACUUAGUGAAAGCUUUAUUACAUAGUAUACAUUUAAGUUGUUCAAUUGAUGACUCCCAGAGCUACAUGUAGGAUGGGGCCACAAUGGGUAAUAAAAAUUUUACAUAGGAAUAUAUAGGAAAAAAUCUUUCAAAAUCUUCUUUUCAAGAACAGCAAUGGCAUGACAAGUCAUAUUAAUAUGGAAGCAUCCUCAGAUGGUAUAGAUUUAAAUUUAUAGCCUCCGGGUGAACAUGUAGGGUGAGGCGCCACUAGACGAUCAAAGUUUUACAUAGAAAUAUUUGGGGGGAAAAUCAGCUGAUGAAGAAUAGCAGGUCCAGGUGACUAUGGUGAGCAUUGUGACCUAUGGGCCUCUUGUAAAUAUAUAUAUAUAUAUAUAUAUAUAUAUAUAUAUAUAUAUAUAUAUAUAUAUAUAUAUAUAUAUAUAUAUUCAGUGAUUUAAUGCGUUUCUGGUGUUUUAUUUUUUCUUGAUAAUACCAAUGUAUUUUGGCAUGCUUAUGAAGGAAAAUAAAUAUUUUGAAGUGAAUAAAAGUUAACUAUUUUAGAAGCC